UACCUUUUUCAUUUGUCAAGCAAAGGUCCCCACGCCACAAGGUCACCCUCACUUCACUAUACUCUCUCUCUCUCUCGAAGCAAAAACACAUAAACCAGAGAUAGAGAGAGAGAGAGAGAAUUAGGUGGGGGCUUUUAGCUUUAUCAAAUCAUUUCCCCCACCUAGCUAGCCGGCGCACAAUACCACCAGCAUGGCCCCCAGAGCUAACAUGAACGGUGACCACCCAUCACACAACCAACAACCACCCCCACCACCACAGCCCCAAACACCGCCGCCGCCGCCGCCCAACCGCCGCCACAACCACCACUACUACCCACCGCCGCCACGAUACUCCUCCUCCGCCUCCUUGAAAGGCUGCUGCUGCUGGCUCUUCCUUCUCUUCUCCUUCCUCCUCCUCCUCUGCCUCGCCGUUGUCCUCGUCGUCGUCCUCGCCGUCAAGCCCAAAAAACCCCAAUUCGACCUCCAACAAGUCGCCGUCCAGUACGUCGGCAUCACCCCCAACCCCCCCUCCACCACCGCCUCCACCGACCCAACCCUAACCACCCCAACACCAACCUCCUCCGCCUCGGUCUCCCUCUCUAUACGGAUGCUCUUCACGGCGGCCAACGACAACAAGGUGGGCAUCAAGUACGGCGAGUCGAGGUUCACGGUGAUGUACAGGGGGAUCCCGCUGGGUAAAGGGACGGUGCCGGGGUUCUUCCAGGCGGCGCACAGCGUGAGGCAGGUGGAGACCACGGUGGCGGUGGACAGGGUGAACCUGAUGCAGGCGGACGCGGCGGAUUUGGUGAGGGACGCGUCGGUUAAUGACCGGGUGGAGCUGAGGGUUUUGGGGGAUGUCGGGGCGAAGAUCCGGAUUCUGGGGGUCACUUCCCCCGGCGUGCAGGUAUCCGUGGAUUGUGCAAUCGUGAUAAGUCCAAGGAAGCAAGCUCUCACAUACAAGCAGUGUGGAUUCGAUGGCCUAAGCGUCUGACCCUUUCAAAGAUUUUCCUCAUUUCGUCUCUUUCUUCCCGCGACGGAAUCCUCUCUUUUUCUCUCUCUAUAAAAAAAAAACAGAGGUGAGAGAAUUUGAGGCGGAGAAAAAGGCAAAGGUAUAAAGCUAGUUCUAAUUUGGAAGAGAUUUUUAUUUUCUUCACGUUCUUUUAGAAUUUUUGGCAAAAUUUUUGUUCCUCGUGUAAAGUUUGGACUGAUAUAGUGUCCUCUACUCUACGGUUCUGUCCAUUUCCCCCACUUGCCACUUCUCUCUCUCUCUCUCUCUCUCUCUCUCUAAAAGAAGAAAUGGAUAGAGAGAGAGAGAGUAGUAGGAGUAUUUAUUUGAUGCCUUGCCUUGAGGAUUAGACUUUGGCCCAUUAAAAAUGUGAGGUGUGUCAGAGUUGUGGAGCUAGCUACUUGAAUCAAGAUUUAACUGUAUACAUGGUCGUGAAAUGAGAAAAACAGAGAUUUAAGUA